AUGGGGGGCAGUAGAAGAAACGAAUAUGACACAGAGAAAAAGGAAGGAAUGAAAAAGGGCAAUUUUGGAAGUGAAGAAAUGAAUGGAGAUAUGAGAGGUGGAUUAGUAGGAGGAGGUGGAGGUAUUCAAUAUGAUUUAGAAAUUGAACCCAUUUUGAACGAUGAGGAUUCGAUGAAUCAGAUGCAUGGUAAACGAGAUGGACAUAACAAUGUAAACAUUAACAAAUUAAAAAAUGAAAUUAUUCAAAAUGAUCUGUUAAGUAAUGAAGAAAUAGAUGAUCAGAGUCUAGGAUUGGUAAAAGAUAAAUCUAUAAAAAGACGAGAAAAUGAAUUUCAAAGAAAAAAAUAUGAAUACAUGCUAUCUCCAGAAAGGGCUGAUCCCUUUGCUGAGAAGAGUCCAUCUCCAGGAGAGAGAACAUAUGCAGAUGUUAUGAUGGAUAUUAAUAAUGAAAAUCACAAAUUGAAGCUUAUAAAUAAUGUUACUAGCGGUGGUACAUCAUCCUCGGCUAGCCAAACUAAAAAUAGGAAACUGAGGUGGAGUGUUGUGGAAAAUGAUUCCACAGAUAAACAACGUGCAGAUCCUGCACUACUAGGAUCUUCCACAUCUAUCACGUCAAACAAAACUACAGAAGCAAGCAAAAAGGAUCAUGCUAAAAGUAAAUGGGAUUUUGUAAGCGAAGAGGAAAAUAAAUCCUCGAGCUUUGGAUACAUGCCAACUCCUGCUCCAUCCAAAUGGGUUGACACUCCUUUUAUAAUAAGUGGUUCUGUGACGUCCAGUGCAGCAACAAACACUGAGAUUGCAAAGGAGGUUGCAAAGGAGGUUGCAGCUGGGGUAGGAACUUCCUCCUCUAUGGCAGCUACCCCAAGUGGUAAUAUGAAAAAGAAAAGAAUUUCGAGAUGGGACAAAGUGGGUGAAGGUAUAAAUGCAUCAACAGCAGAUCAUGCUGCACAUCUUGAUAUGAUGAAAACACCAAAGGCGUCCAUGGUGGUGGAUUCAAUUGGAAGUGCUGCUGCCUCUGGAUCAACCAGCUCUAUGUUGAAAACACCAUAUCUUAUGAUACCCGGAACAGGAAAUUUUAUUAACACGCCAUUUGUAAUGAAUCCAAUUGGUAAUAAUGUGGUGAAUGGGAAAAUGUUCAACACUCCUAUGACCCCUGGAUUAGCUUCUAUAGCUACUGAUUCGAUCAUUAAAAUGAAAAUAAGGAAUGAAAUGGAAAUCAGAAAUAGACCGUUAACUGAUGAGGAUUUGAAUGAGCUAUUACCAUCUGAAGGAUAUGAGAUUGUGAAGCCACCAGAGGAAUAUGAAGCGAUAAGGAAAAAUAAAUUGAAACAGUUUUUUAAAAAUACUGUUAGUAGUACUACUAGUGUAGCAACUCCACUUGCAUUUAUUGGUGGCAGCGUACCACUUGGAAUGACAGGUUCACUUGCAAAUGAUGGAAGUACAAAUCUGAAGAUUCCAUUGAUGAGUGGGCUAGUUAGUAGAGCUCCUGUCACAAAUCAAGAUGAUGAAGGAAAUGAAAAUACAGGAUUACAAACUCCAUACAUAAAUAACAAUUUGCUGCAGAGUACAUUAAUUAGUGGAACACCAUUUUAUGAUAUUCCAACAGCGAACAAUAACAUGUUGAAAGAAAUAGAGGGAGAUCCUAAUUUGCUUCUACAAAACAAACAAUUUGAAAUUAAUAACCCACAAUUGUUAAGUGAGUUAAAAUAUGUACAAUUAAAAAAUGAAGACUUCAUAUAUUUUAAUAAAUUAUUUCAAAAUGUAGAUGAAAGUGAUUUAUCACAAGAUGAACUGAAAGAACGUAAGUUUAUGAUACUUUUAUUAAAGAUAAAAAAUGGAACCCCUUCCAUAAGACGUGCAGCAUUAAGAAGUAUAACAGAUAAGGUAAAAGAAUUAGGUCCUGAUAUUUUAUUCAAUUUGAUUUUACCAUUAAUGAUGCAAAACACUUUGGAAGAUCAAGAAAGACAUUUAUUGGUAAAAGUGAUUGAUAGAAUUUUAUUCAAGUUGGAUGAUUUAGUAAGACCUUAUGUUCAUAAAAUUUUGGUUGUCAUUGAACCUUUGUUAAUUGAUGAAGAUUAUUAUGCAAGAGUAGAAGGUAGAGAAAUUAUUAGUAAUCUAGCAAAAGCAGCUGGUCUUGCUACAAUGAUUGGAAUAAUGAGACCAGAUAUUGAUCACCCAGAUGAGUAUGUACGUAAUACUACUGCAAGAGCAUUUGCUGUUGUUGCUUCAGCACUUGGUAUUCCAUCUUUAAUUUUAUUUUUAAAAGCUGUUUGUCAAUCAAAGAAAAAUUGGGAAGCUAGACAUACAGGAAUUAAAAUUGUUCAGCAAAUUGCAAUUCUUAUGGGAUGUGCUGUUUUGCCACAUCUAAAACAACUUGUUUCAAUUGUAUCUCAUGGUUUACAUGAUGAUCAACAGAAAGUGAAAACAAUUACUGCAUUAGCUAUAGCUGCUUUAGCUGAAGCAGCAGCACCAUAUGGAAUUGAAGCAUUUGAUUCUGUUUUGAGACCACUAUGGAAAGGUAUAACAGAACACAGAGGUAAAGUUUUAGCAGCAUUUUUAAAAGCUAUUGGAUUAAUUAUUCCACUUAUGGAUCCAUAUCAUGCAAACUAUUACACAAAAGAAGUGAUGAUAAUUCUUAUUAACGAGUUUAAUACUCCUGAUGAAGAGAUGAAAAAGAUUGUUCUUAAAUGUGUUAAGCAAUGUAUACAAACAGAAGGUAUUGAUAAAGAUUACAUCAACCAAGAAGUGGUGAACCCAUUUUUUGAAAAAUUUUGGGUUCUAAGAAGUAGUGGUGAUAAAAGAAAUUUACAUCUAAUAGUAGAAACUACUGUAGAAAUCGCAAACAAAAUUGGAGGAGCACUUGUCAUAGCUAGACUUGUAGAUGAUUUAAAAGAUCCUUCAGAACAAUUCAGAAAAAUGGUCAUGCAAACAAUUCAAAGCAUUGUAAAUAAUCAAGGUGUAGAUGACAUUGAUCAAAAAUUAGAAGAACAACUUAUUGAUGGAAUUCUAUACGCAUUUCAAGAACAAGCAUCUGAUGAUUAUUACAUUUUGUUAAAUUCUUUUGAUACAAUUGUAAACAAAUUGCAACUACGAAUGAAACCAUAUUUACCUCAAAUUGCUGGUAUAAUAAGAUGGAGAUUGAAUACACCUUUACCCAAAAUAAGACAACAAAGUGCAGAACUUAUUUCUAGAAUUGCUAACCUUAUGAAUAUAUGUCAAGAACAUCAAAUGUUAGGUCAUUUAGCUUUAUACCUUUAUGAAUAUUUAGGAGAAGAAUAUCCAGAAGUGUUAGGAAAUAUUAUAGGUGCUCUUAAAUCCAUUGUAGUUGUUUUGGGUGUCCAGAAUAUGACGCCACCGAUAAAGGAUCUUUUACCAAGAAUAACACCAAUUUUAAAAAAUAGACAUGAAAAAGUACAAGAAAAUGUUAUAGAUUUGUUGGGUAUAAUUGCUGACAAGGGAGGAGAUUUAGUUUCUCCAAAAGAAUGGGAUCGUAUAUGUUUCGAUUUAAUUGAAUUAUUAAAAUCUAAUAAAAAAUUGAUUAGACGUGCAACAAUUCAGACCUUUGGAUAUAUAGCUCGUACAAUUGGGCCAUUUGAAGUUUUAACUGUUCUUUUAAAUAAUUUACGGGUUCAGGAAAGACAACUCAGAGUAUGUACCACGGUUGCUAUUGCUAUUGUAGCUGAUACAUGUCUUCCAUAUUCAGUAUUAGCAGCACUUAUGAAUGAAUAUAAAACUCAAGAUCUUAAUGUUCAAAAUGGUGUACUCAAAGCUUUAUCAUUUAUGUUUGAAUAUAUAGGAGAAAUAGCUAAAGAUUAUGUAUAUGCAGUUGUGCCACUUCUAGAACAUGCUCUAAUGGAUAGAGAUUUGGUUCAUAGACAAAUAGCUACUUGGGCUUGUAAGCACCUAGCAUUAGGUUGUUUUGGCUUAAAUCGUGAAGAUGCACUCAUCCACUUGUUAAAUUAUGUGUGGCCAAAUAUUUUUGAAACUUCUCCACAUUUAAUCCAAGCUGUCAUUGAUUCCCUUGACGGAUUCAGAGUUGCUUUGGGACCUGCCAUUAUCUUUCAAUACCUUGUUCAGGGAAUAUUUCAUCCAUCAAGAAAAGUUAGAGAAAUAUAUUGGAAAAUAUAUAACAAUGUAUACAUUGGUCAUCAAGAUAGUCUCAUCCCAAUAUACCCUCCUUUUGAGAGGUUGAACGAUAGCAAUUUUCUGAGGGAUGAAUUACGAUACACGUUGUAG